AUGGCAAGACAUGGCCCCCAAAUCCAUGACCAACCACUCCAAGAAGAGGACUACAUAGACAUGGAGCUGAGCUCACCUGCAGCUGCAAAGGUGGUCAGCAAUACAGCAAGCUUGCUUUGCUACACCACAGCCAUGGCAGCCUCCCCCCAGCAGUCGAGGGAGUUUGAGUUCCACAUGUCAGCUCCCGUUGACCACUGGGAGCCCAUGGCAUCACCAGCAGAUGAGCUCUUCUACAAGGGCAAGCUGCUACCGCUCCACCUUCCACCACGCAUCCAAAUGGUUGAAAGGCUCCUCGAGAUCGCAGCUGACAAGGGCCUCCUCUCCGCGAGCACUGCCCCGGCGACACCAUACCAGUCGUGCCACGUUUCACCAGCAAAUUCAUGUUAUGCAAGUGGUGAGCUCAAUGCAGAGCAGUACUUCAGCGAGUGCGCAUCCGCCAGUAUUGCUGCUGCUGAGGUGGAAGCAGCAUGCGAAAAGAAGCCAUGGUCCAAGAAGCUCAAGUUCAUCAAGAAUCUCAACCUUGGUCUCAAGCUCAAGGCAUCAAAGGCUUACCUCAAGACAAUAUUUGCAGCUAAAGCAGGGGAUCCAGAUGACAAGGGUGGUGCACCAAGAGCAAAUGAGUUCUCCACCGCCCAGGUCAAGAGCUGGAGGAAGAACCCAUUUGGCCAGAUCAGAAGCAACAGGUACACAACCUCGCCCAUCAGCAACAGUGCCACACUGGGAGGGAAGCUUAAAGAAGAUGAGUACGGCCAUAGGAGGUCAUUCUCUAGUGUUAUUAUCCGAUAUUCGUCAUCAAACAAGACAUCAUCUGCCUCAUCAUCGUCAUGCUCUUCGUCAAAUUCAUCAUCCUACAUCCCGAGCUCAAAUGACUCUGGUUUGGGGCCAGUGCUCAGGAGGAGCAGCAGUGCCAGCUCAGAGAUGGAUAAUCCAAUCCAGGGUGCAAUAGCAUACUGCAAGAAGUCGCAGCAACUGGCCUCAGUGAGGAAGAGUGCAAGCGAUGCAGGUUUCCGGUUCAUGUCAUCAUCAGUGUCAAAGAUAGCUGCAGAAUCUGAAGAUGCAGAAGACAUUUUUCAGAUUUGCAGACAACGGGGUCUGAAUGCAUUCUCAUGGCUCUACGUCAACCUAGGAACAUUUUCCAUAUACUACUAUGUCAGGGACCUUGUUUAA